AUGCCUCUCUCUCAAGUGAAUCUUACUGCGUCACACCUCCCCACUUCUUGUUCCUUCUACCUGUCUGCUUUAAGCCCCUUGAACUAUCGGUGUCUUGGACAGAGAGGAAGCGACAUCGGAUUUGGCAUCGACAACGUUGAAUUCUUCAUUCACCAGCAAGCUUCAGACCAAAGCGUUCAUCCUUCCCAGGUUGCUUUCUCAGCUUCGGAUCAGCAGUCAGUCGAUUUCUUUUAUCUGGAAGCUUUGAAAGCAGGUGGCCAACAUUACGCCGCUCCUGCACUUCGACAAGACGAAAGCCCUUACUACAGCGCUGCUGUUCUUGAUUUGGACCGCAACCAGAUCGAAGUCAUGUAUCGCCAAGACGUUGUUCGCGGAUCAAGCAGUGUAUUGCGACCAUCCGAAGCGCAGCGCAUUAGUCAGUGGCAAGAUGAUGUUGCAAGUACUGCCAAUGAUAGAGCCUUUCGAUAUGAGAAAGCUGAGCCACCUCGAAUCAUCGUAAACAACAUAUCCGCAUCUCCAGCAGUUGAAGUGCACCGCAUCAAGGCAGAAUCGAGGGACAAUGGCGAGAUAAGUACUAGAGCAGUCCUCGGAACAAUCUUAGGCGCGAGUGCCGGCGCAGCUGUAGCAUACGCUAUGGCUAGGAGCGAAGGUGAGAGGCCUCUCCGUAUCAAUGCGCCACGAGUCCGUGCUGUCGAGGCACCACCUCAGCGAACCACACAAGUCAUUUACGACUCAUCCAAGUCCACAUCCUCAAGGCCUCACGCCAUCGAACUCAUUGAUCGUGAGGUAGACGAUGUCAGACAGAAGCAUGUCGAUUCAGGUUCCCGCAUUAAAACGAUUGCUUCCGCAGACCGAUCGAACCAUUUGAAUCAUAACGGGAAUAUUUCUGGGAGCCAUACCGGCAGAACCAUCGCCCAAACGAACGGGACGAAGAUCAUCUCUGGCGAGCCUGACAAACGUUCCUCACCUUCUCGGGAGUCCAAGGCCAAGUCCGCCAGAAACACUGUCAAAAGUGCCGGCUCUCGUCAAUCAAAUUCUAUGCACAAGCAAGGGACAAGCACAAGGUCUGCAAAAGACGUACCACUACCACCGAGUAGAGUCUCCACGAACCUUACGCCUGCGAUUCAGCCAGAAGGAAUCAUCAACGACCUCGCCACUGUCGUUCCGGACGAUAGCAUCAGUCAGACUAGGGCGAAAAUGGAGCCUGCUGUACACCGUUUGCUCAAUGACAAGCUCUACGACAAACGAAAGCAAGGCGCCCUCGAUCUUGAGAGAGCUGUAAGGGACGCCAGCGCAAAUCACGAUCAUGAAAGAAUAGCCAAGAUUGUCGAUCAGCUAUGUCGCGACUUUGCUUAUGCGGUGCAUCAACCUCAUGCGAGAAAUGGUGGACUCAUUGGGCUGGCCGCGGCAUCAAUUGCCCUAGGAUCCGAUGAUGUUGCCCGCUACCUGAAGGCCAUAGUCCCUCCUGUCCUUGCCUGCUUCACCGAUCAAGAUGCAAGAGUGCGAUAUUAUGCCUGUGAGAGCAUGUACAAUAUCUCCAAGGUUGCCAAAGGAGAGAUUUUGAUGUUCUUCAACGAUGUCUUUGAUGCUCUUUGCAAGCUCGCCGCCGACUCGGAGCUCUCAGUCAAGAACGGUGCCGAGUUACUGGAUCGCCUUGUAAAAGAUAUUGUUGCUGAGUCUGCUUCCACUUACGUUUCCGUUCUACAAACACAGGAGCACUCGGACUCAGGCUCGGAGAAGGCAUCAGAGACUUCCUCAAUUGACUAUCCUACCGCAUUCUCCCUUGCCAAAUUCAUUCCCUUGCUACAGGAACGUAUCUAUGUUAUCAAUCCGUUCACGCGAACUUUUCUUGUCUCCUGGGUCACGUUACUAGACACAAUCCCUGAUCUUGAAUUGAUUUAUUAUCUUCCUGCUUUCCUUGGCGGCCUGUUCAAAUUUCUAAGCGAUCCUAAUAGGGAUGUUCACGUUGCGACCCAAGGUGCCCUAGAAAGGUUCUUGAACGAGAUCAAGAAAAUUGCUCGAAUUAGAAAAGGUCUUGCAGAGAGUCGUCAAGGGCACACCAUUGACCAUGGGAAGAAGUCUGCGUCCAGCGAGAGCGGUAGUGUACAGAGUGAAGGAAGUCUAGCCAACAACGACUCUGCCAUUGCCGAUGAGGACUCACCUGCUCCAAUGGACAUCCGAAAUGGCCGUGUUGACGGUGAUUGGGUCCCGGGGCAAGAUGUGCAAGUAGAAUUCUCCAAGAUACUGGAGAUUUUGGUUGCUUUCUUGGAUGAAACUUCGGAGGAGCAGAUUCAGCUUACAGCUUUGAGAUGGAUUGAGAGCUUUUUCGAAAUAUGUCCGGAAGAGAUCCUCGCUUUUGUUCCUCGUUUACUAUCUCAUGUGUUGCCCGCGAUGGCCAGCGGGGCAGAUCAUGUUCGGCAAGCCGCCAACCGUGUGAACAACUCGCUGAUGGAUCGCAUCGCAUCCUUACCUGCUGAGAGUGCGCCAGAGGACGCAAGACCGCCGCCACCUUCCCGAAUAUCCACGAAUACGCUCAAGGAGCCGACGACGGCGACCCUUAAUGUCAAAGAUAUGGACAGCAAAGGUCGUAUCACAUCUACACCUUCUCCUAAAGUAGCCCCCAUCAAUGAUACUGAUGCGGAAGCUAAAAAAGACGACUCUCCUCCGGCUCCUACAACACCAAGGGCAGUUUCACCACUACCACCAGUUCACGUCACAGACCUUGAUUAUACAGCGGCCGUCAAUGCCUUGACUUUGCAUUUUCUCAAUGAGCACGAAGCAACACGAGUUGCCGCUUUGGCAUGGUUGAUAAUGCUACACCGCCGCGCUCCUCGCAAAGUUCUAGCUACAAAUGACGGCACCUUCCCUGCACUGCUCAAGACUCUAUCCGAUCCCGCUGAAGCUGUUGUAACCAGAGAUCUGCAACUACUCUCUCAAAUAUCUAGGAAUAGCGAAGAUAGCUAUUUCACGUCUUUCAUGGUCAACCUUCUUCAGCUAUUUGCAAGUGAUCGCAGGCUUCUAGAGACUAGAGGCAAUUUGGUUAUUCGCCAACUUUGUGUAAGCUUGAGCCCGGAACGAAUAUAUAGAACUUUAGCAGAUUGUUUAGAGAAGGACGAGGAUGUCGAGUUCGCGAGCAUCAUGGUGCAAAAUCUCAACAACAACCUCAUCACUGCCCCUGAACUCGCCGAGCUACGCAAACGGCUACGAAAUCUGGAGACCAGGGAAGGCCAAGCAUUCUUCGUCGCCCUGUUUCGAUCAUGGUGUCACAACGCCGUCGCCACGUUUUCGUUAUGUCUACUCGCCCAAGCCUAUGAACAGGCUUAUAACUUACUCCAAAUUAUCGCAGAGCUAGAGAUGACGGUCAACAUGCUCAUCCAAAUUGAUAAGCUAGUGCAGCUCCUCGAAUCGCCAGUCUUUACAUACCUACGUCUCCAGCUCCUCGAGCCCGAGCGCUACCCCUUUCUCUACAAAUGCUUAUAUGGCGUCCUGAUGCUACUUCCCCAAUCCUCCGCCUUCGCUGCGCUCAAAAACCGUCUGAACAGCGUCAGCGCAAUAGGCUAUUUGCACGUCCCUCCUCGCCCGUACGUAUCCUCUCACGUGCGGCAAAAGAGCACUGAGACUAAGUUCGGUGUCAGUGCGCCUCAGACACCGUCUACCACCACCUUUGAUCGGCCCAACCGGCUGAAGUCUAGAGAUGAGGGCACUAUCAAGUGGGUCGAGCUACUGGACAAGUUUCGAAGUGUUCAGGAGAAAGCGAGAAGGGCGAGCAGACUGCCAGGUCAGAUAGAGGGCGGGGAGGGGUCUGACGGGGGACUGGGAGCAAUUGGAAAGGAGAAGGAGCUGCCUGAUGUGCCUAAAGACCCGUCCAGGCCAACCAGUGCACUGAGCGGUGGGCAGAAGCAGACACCUAUGCAACCGCCACCGCAACCAGUGCAUAAGCCGAAGUCCAGCUUGAGCCGUCUCGGGAGGUUUGCUGGUGGGGUCGCUGAUAGGAACAGGAACAAGAAAUAG